AUGUCAUCGUCAAGCGCCGCUGCAAGAACAGCAACGACCGCAAGCACCACGAGCCGCGAGUUUCUCGACGAGCUGUACGAGCUCCUAGAGCGAGACAAGAACAAGAAAAAUACCGUCAUCCUCGAGCUGAUUCUCCAGCAGUGGCAGCAAAUCGGCGACGAGCAAAUGGCACACGGAGUGGCUGAAGAAAUCUUGAAGCGAGAUACCAGCCAUCCUGGCGCACGGGAAUAUAUUCGCAAAUCGUCGUCUCAGGUCACCACACCCGCAUCGACAAUCUGGUCGUCAUGGAGUCUCGGCACAUCCUCUCGAUCCACAUCCGCCUCUUCGGCGUCGCGUCCCGAUCCCCUCCAAACACGACUACCCCACCGCCCACCACGCGGUGGAGGUAGCACAGCCGGCACACCGGUCAUAAGUGAGACGGGGUCCGUCUCGACAUCGAGCGGCACACGGCACCUCGACCCCAAAGCUGCCAUGGCUGCGCGGCUACCUGCGUCGUCCGGUGACGUGCUUGGGGCGAAGCGGAAGAACAAGCGACCUGUCCAGUUUGGUUCUCCCCUCAGCUCAGAGACGGAGCGGCUCGCGGUCGAGGUGAAGCUGGAGCAGCAGUUUGCGGACUUGCAGGCGCGAGCUACGGAGCUGGAACGCGAGAUGGUCGUUCUCGAAAACGUCGGGCUCGUUGACAAUGCCGAAAUCUUCCAAGACACCCGCAAUAUCAAGCACGGACGCGUCAGCCUGGUCGUCAUGCCUGCUAUGCCGCGGCCCGUGCGGCAGCUCGUGCGUGAGCUGCAGGGCGACCGGAAGCGGUGCUUGGACUUGAUCAUUGACGACUUUGUGGAGGUCGCACAGUGGUCUCUCGAGGACGACACCACAGGCAAGCCACAUAUUGACGUGGUGCGCGAUCGGCUGCUGCGGCGGCAGACGCUGCUGGACGCCAUGCUCCCGGCAGGGCUCGAGGACCUGGGCCGCACGGCCAUGAUGCUCGUCGAGCACCAGCUCAUCGACCACGGCAAAAAGUAUGCCAACGACAAGACAAUGCUGUUCGAGGACGUCGCCGACAUCCCCGUCGCCAAUCUGUUGGUGACCUCGGACAACUAUGCCUGGGACAUGUCGGAGCUGGCGGACGCGCUGGCUGUCAACAGCGGCGUCAUGCGCAACCCCAUUACGCGCGACAUGUUUUCCGAGGAGGACGUGCGGCAGAUCCUCAACCACCCGCUGGGCGAGCGCCUGCGGCCCAUGGCCCUCGAGCAGAGCGAGUUGAAACGCGGCGUGCGCUCCACCACGAUUGACCGCAUGGCCCACCUCAGCAAGGUCAUGCUCGAGGACCAGUCGGCACACGCGACGCCGACGAUCGAGGCCAUUGACAUCUUCAUGGCCUACUUCCACACGCUGCCCGACGCCGAGAAGCGGACACUCAAGUCGCUCAAGGUGCCGGCCAAGGACAGCCACACGGGACAGGCAUAUGACUCGGCGAUCCUCGAGGCUAUCCAGGACGCCAAGGCAAACCGGGUAUGCUACCAUAAGGUGGGCGAUUUCCUCAGCCAGGCGGCCAAAAAGUUGCAGGAUGACUUGUGA